AUGUCUGGCGAACGAAUAAACUUCCCAAAUGAAGAAUCUGGAUCUCGAGAGGAUGACGAUGCGAAUUUUAUGCCGGAAGCCUCGAACUUCAAUCCGAUGACUGAACUUUUCGAUGCCACUGCAAUCCAGGGAUUCGCGAGUGUCCCAAAACCAGAGCUACCGAACACAAGCAGGAUCAUGACUUUCAGUGACGAUUACUGGCGUGCCAAAACAGAAAAUUGGUCAGGGAGAUUCGAAAUGGAUCACAUUAUUGGGAUAGUAACACAAGAAUUAAAAAUUGUCCUCCUAGAAAAUGACGACCAAAGGGCCUUAGCACAAACCGCCUUUAACCAAGGUAAAACCAUGGAUGAUGUGCUAUACGACACCUUAAAACUGAAAUUAGCUCAAACAGAGGGACUUUUCGACGCUCAGCGACUGCUGGUUUUUGACAUGCUCAAUGCGACAGAACCUAUACCUCCUGAAGAUGGUUUUAAAGGCCCUCGGUGGUUCUAUAAGCAGUGUCUAGCCCGGGCAAAGAGGCUAAAGAAUCAACAAAUGGCCCUGGAUACUUUGGAGCCAGGCGUGAGGGGCAUGGCGGGUACUUCGAGCUCGGGGCAAUGA